GCGCGGCGGGCGCGCGGAGCUCUGUGGGGUGGGCAGCACUUCCGGCGGGGCCGCGCCGGCACCGGGAGCGGGACGGGAACGGGAACGGGAACAUGCGGGUGCGCGUGAGGAGCUGGCACGGAGUCGCGUCCUGGCUGUGGGUGGCGAACGAUGAGAACUGCGGCAUCUGCCGGAUGGCCUUCAACGGCUGCUGCCCCGACUGUAAAGUUCCCGGCGACGACUGCCCGUUGGUGUGGGGGCAGUGCUCGCACUGCUUCCACAUGCACUGCAUCCUCAAGUGGCUGAACUCGCAGCAGGUGCAGCAGCACUGCCCCAUGUGCCGCCAGGAGUGGAAGUUCCGCGAGUGAGGGCGGCACCGGGCACGGGCACGGGCACGGGCAGUGGCCCGGGCCGGGCCCGCUCAAUAAACGUGCGGACGCCAUGGCGUGUCUGUGUGGGUGUCCCGCGCUCGGGGUGGCCGCACGGAGCGGCUGCGGGCUGUGGCUCCCGCGCGGCUGUGGCUGGUAGCUGGUAGGGGGGCAGAACCUCGGGGCUGCUCUCGGACCCGUGCCGGCGCUGACGGCUCUGCCAAAACCCAUCUCGCUGUGCUGCUGCCAGCGCGGCCGAUCCACGCCGGGGUGAGUACCGGGGCUGACCCAGGGGCUUGGGCUGCUCGCUGCGGGACGCCGGGCACGGUUGGUGCUCCCACCGCAGGUUCCAGAGCCCCUCACCCCGCGGUGCUCUGCAGUAGCAGACAGAGCAGGGUCCCCAGGCCGCAGGCAUCGGGCGAGCUGCGGGCUCCCCCUCUCUGCUAGCCAGCACGGCGCUGGCACAGACCCCCGACCCUGUGACAGUGUCUCCUGCAGGUGCUGUGUGACAGAGCGGCCGUGCAGCUGCCAGGAGCGGGCAGGAGCCCGUGGCACUCUCCAGUGUAAGGCAGACGUGACCGUGUCCUUGGGCCCCAGGGAGUGCGCGGAUGCCUGAGCCAGUGCUGGUGGCUCUGGGGUGAUAAUAAACAUGCU